AUGCGAAGUUCUCCAGAUGUUUUGGAGUUCUCCAUGGACACCUUGGACCUGAGGAAAGGGGCAGCCAUCCAACAAUUCAAAGGCAUUGAAGUGCCCAUCUUGAUUAAAACAGAAGACCUCAGUGAGUCCUUGCAAACAUCCCUCUCCUCCAGAAUAGGCCACCUAGCCCAAGGAUCUUCCAUGAUGCCUGGAGGACAAAUUCCUGGGAAUGUGAAUUCUCUUCAUACUUUGCAGCAACUCGUGCAAGUCCCAGGGCCUAUGCAGUCUGUCCCACUAUUCUUGCUUUCUCAAGGCCCAGCAGGACAACAAGCUCUCCAAUCGAACCUUCUCUCCUUCCCUCAGCAGCAAAGUGGACUUCUGCUUCCACAGCAGGGACACAGCUUAGCAUCUCAGGCAGUGGGACGUCCUGGACACCCAGGGUCAUCAUUGGAGCCUCACCUGGAGGCCCCACAGCACUUACAAGUGGCCAAACACUUGCCGUCCUCCAUGGAAACAAAUGAAGCCAAUGAUUUGGAAGAGCUGGAAAAAUUUGCCAAGACUUUUAAGCAGAGGCGCAUCAAACUGGGGUUUACGCAGGGCGAUGUGGGUCUGGCUAUGGGGAAACUCUACGGAAAUGACUUCAGCCAGACUACCAUUUCUCGCUUUGAAGCUCUCAACCUGAGUUUCAAGAACAUGUGUAAGCUAAAACCACUCCUGGAGAAGUGGCUGAGUGAUGCAGAAUCCUCCCCCCUGGACUCGUCUGUCAGCAGCCCGAGUUCCUACCCCUCCGUAAGUGAGAUGUUCGGGCGCAAGAGGAAAAAACGAACCAGCAUCGAGACCAACAUUCGCUCCACACUGGAGAAACGGUUCCAGGACAACCCCAAGCCCAGCUCGGAAGAGAUAGCCCUGAUUGCAGAACAGUUGGCCAUGGAAAAAGAAGUGGUUCGCGUUUGGUUCUGCAACCGAAGGCAGAAGGAAAAACGUAUCAGCUGUCCGAUGCCCUCCCCCAUAAAGUCACCCCUCUACAACUCCAGACUGGUUUCUACCUCAGGGUCAUUGGGUCCCCUUUCUGCCCAUAGUUCCAUGCAUGGUGCAGUGUCUUCUUCCUGUUCUCCUGGCCAUGCCAGCCGGUCCUCAUCACCCAGUGCAGGACUUCACACCAACAAUCCCAACAUGCCUCAGAGUAACUCUAAAGUAGCCAUCAAUUCAUCCAGUUUCAACUCUUCUGGAUCAUGGUAUCGAUGGAACCAGCCUACUUACCUCCAUUAA